AUGGAAGAUGGCAAAAUCACUCAAAUGUCCGAGAACAGCACUGACACCUCCAGCUUGCCUUCUUCACAGUCUUCACAGUCAUCUUCCUACAUACCUGUCAAACUAGAAGAAUACGAAACACCAGGCUUCAGCAUCAAGAAGCUUCUCACAAAAGCCAAAGAGAAUUACAAUUGCAACCAACGAAGUGUCUUCAACUUCUUUCGACAGUUGUUCCCAGUAAUUGAGUGGCUUCCUCGUUACAACAUCAAGGAACAACUGCUGGGAGAUGUCAUCUCCGGCGUGUUGGUAGGAGUUGUUUCCAUCCCUCAAUCAAUCUCUUAUGCCCUCCUUGCAAGCCAGGAUCCCAUUUAUGGUCUCUACACCAACUUCUUUUGUGCUAUUAUCUACUUUGCCAUGGCUACCUCGCGCCAUAAUUGUGUUGGUUCUUUUGGGGUCCUUUGCUUGAUGAUUGGGCAGACAGUAAACCGGCAACUUACUCUAGCAGGGUAUGAUUUGGACAUGGAUACAAAUCUGAUGGCCAAUACCACUAUGAAUGGGACAGUUGCCUGCAACAGAGGUUGUUAUGCAAUCACAGUGGCAACCACUCUAACGUUUUUGGUUGGGAUUUAUCAGAUUAUUCUAGGGGUCCUCCAGCUUGGCUUCAUCUCAGUUUAUCUCUCAGAACCUCUUUUGAGUGGAUUUGUAACAGGGUCCUCCCUUACCAUUCUCACGUCCCAAAUAAAUCUUCUGUUUGGACUGAAGCUCCCUCGGCGUGAUGGAAUGGGUACCCUCAUUUUAACAUGGAUCGACAUCUUCACAUACAUUGGGAAGACCAACAUCUGUGAUUUGGUCACCAGCCUGGUGGCUUUAAUUCUAAUUGUGCCAGUAAAAGAAAUCAACAAUUAUUUUAAGGACAAAAUGAAGGCUCCAUUUCCUAUGGAACUCCUAGUGGUAAUUGGAGCUACACUCCUGUCACACUUCCUUAACUUCAAUAAAAAAUACAAAUCUAAAAUUUGUGGCACAAUUCCCAUUGGUUUCAAACAACCUGCUGUCCCAGAUCUGAGCCUUGUGUCAAAUCUGGCAGUUGAUGCUCUACCCAUUGCCAUUAUUGGUUUUGCUAUGACAGUUUCACUGUCAGAAAUAUUUGGAAAGAAGCAUGGUUAUCCUGUCCGAGCCAACCAAGAGAUGAUUGCCCUUGGGAUGGGAAAUCUGAUCCCAUCUUUCUUCUACUGCUUUGCUUCCUGUGCAGCCUUAUCAAAGACUUUGCUGAAAGAAUCAACGGGAUGCCAUACUCAAAUAUCAAGCUUGAUAUCUUCGGCUGCACUGCUCCUGGUACUAUUGUGGAUUGCGCCUCUCUUCUAUUCACUGCAAACUUGCAUCUUGGGUGUUAUUACAAUUGUUAAUCUCAGGGGAGGAUUGCAGAAAUUUGCUGAAGUACCCAAGAUGUGGCAGAUCAGCAAAAUAGACACCAUAGUCUGGUGUGUAACCAUGCUGUCCUCAUCUCUGAUCUCCACAGAAAUGGGCCUUCUGAUAGGAGUCUGCUUUGCUCUUCUCUGCAUCAUCUUCCGCACCCAACGGCCCCGAGCUACCCUUCUAGGUAAGGUGAAUGACUCAGAAAUCUAUGAGGAUCAGUUGACUUACAAGAAGAUCACUAGCAUUGCAAAUAUCAAGAUCUUCCGCUUUGAUACUUCUCUUUACUAUGCAAACAAAGACUACUUUAAAAAUUCACUUUUUCAGAAAACAGAGGUGAAUCCAUGCCUAGUUGCUGCUAUACAACAAAAAGCUCAAGCUAAAGCAAACCUGAGCAAAAAUCAAAGUUGUUUUUCUUCCAGGUUGAACUGCCUAAAGGGAACCAAGACCCCAAAGGCUUCAGCAGGUGGUCCCGAUGCUUCAAUAGAUAUGCAUACCUUGAUCAUCGACUGUGGAGCCAUGCAAUUUAUAGACAGUGUAGGCCUCAGUUUGCUGAAGGAGAUGCGCCAAGAUUACAAGAAGAUUGGCAUACAGGUCCUGCUGGCCAAUUGUAACCCAUCCAUACGGCGUUUGCUCCAGGCAGGAGGCUGGCCCACUGGGAUGCAGGAUCCAGAGUUGGUCUCAUUCCAUGGUAUACAUGCUGCUGUGCAGUUUGCAGAGAAACAGGAUCAAACUCAACAGUCGGACAGUGUGGUGGCAACAAAUGCUUUCGUACCAGAAACCGAGGACAUUUCAAUAGCCUUGAGUCUGGAAGAACCUCUCUAG